AUGCCCCCUCUCAUACCUUAUCAUGUUUCUGCAGGAAGCAACCCUAUUGUCAAGUUUGGAGGUGCUCUUGUCACAGAGUUUCUAGAGCCACCUCCAGGUCGAUGUUUCUGUUUCCGUCAGAAAUACUACCUCAAGCCCCCUAUGGACCAGGACGAUCCCGACUAUGACCGCAUCAAUGAAGCUUUGAAUCAUCCAUCCGGUCCUCCUCUCCAUUUUCACCCAUACCAGAAUGAGUACUUCCGCGUGGAGCAGGGUCGGAUGUGUGUCGAGAUGGACGGCGUUCUGCGUGUGCUUACUCCAGAAGAUGGGGAAGUCAUGGGCCGGGCAGGAAGUAUCCACCGCUUCUAUGUUGCUCCAGAUAGCACCGAAGACAUGGUUAUUAUCUUGAGUGCAUCCGAUCCCGGUCUCGAUUAUCAGCUGGAUCGGGUCUUCUUUGAGAACUGGUAUGGCUUGUGGCAUGAUUACCUUGUGCAUGAAGGCAAGAUGGAUUUUAUUCAGUUGUUGUGUACAUACGAUGGGGGCGAUGCCUAUCUCCUGCCACCCAGUUGGUUACCCAAUCGCCUGCGAAAGCUCAUUGGUUACUGGGGUGGAGUGAUUGUGGGCCGUUGGAUUGGGGGUCUUCUCGGCUAUAAGCCCUUCUUCAAGGAGUACACGACCGACUGGGCUUACGCAGUGCACAAGAUGGAAGCGUCUUCCUUCACCCGUCGGACAGUGGGCCGUUCAUUUACUUCGGCCAUGUCCUGGGCCCAACUGCAAAUGCGCGCUGUUCAGUGGCAAAAUGGAGGCGGGACCAAGAAGAUUGUCGCUUCGGAUGUCAAAGUUCACACCAACGGAUACUGA